AUGGAUUCUGAAUCCCCUGUUAUGAAGAAAUACCCAAUCGAAAAUAUUUUAAAUGAUGCUACUGGUUUACUGAAAAAGGUAUUAUAAGUUAACAUAAAAGAAUGGCAAUCGAAAAGUGAUCUUAAUGUUAGAUAAACAUUUCAUGAAUUAUUCUCAUAAUGAAAUGAACACACUAAAUAUACAAAUAAGUAGAAGACUUAUGAGAGCAGCUUAGAGUUUAAUAAAGGAAUAUAUUCAUGGUGAUAAUAUAUCAAAAGUGGAUCUAUUGCUUGAUAGAUGCAAUUUAUAUACAGCUAUAAUAUAUAUUAACAUUCAAAGAAUGCUUAAGAAUGAGAGAGGAACUGAACAUUUUGAAGAAUUGACUAAUUCGUAGAUUGAAUAAAAGAUUGGAUUAAACCGAUUGAGGUAAAGGAUUCGUUAGACUAUUUGUAUCCCUGGAAGUUUAAUAAAGGUUGCCCAUUUAGGUAGACUUAAGGAAAAAACCAAAAGUAUUUACUAUAUAUAUAUUUUAGUUAAGUUUUAUUUAAACGAAUGUUGGACGUUAUUAAUGAAAUAGCUAGUUUUAUAUGCAAAAUUAUUUAAAAUAACUAAUGAAGUACCAAAUAGUUUGAAGAUGAUGCAUAAAGUUGAUAAAAUAUUAUAGAUUAAAGAAAUGUAAAACACAACAAAUAUUGAUUUAAUAAAAAUAUUCGUUGAUCAUUACUAAAAUUUCGGUUAGCUUUACUUUUAAUUAUGCGAGUUUAAGAAUUCGUUAAAAUAGUAUGAAAUUGCAUUUUAAUAUUUGCAAUAAUUAAUUUUUAUUAUUUUGAAAAAAAGAAACACUCCAAAUGUUAUAGAUGAUUCUGAUCUACAACCUGUUGAAUAAUAUAUAAUGAAAUUAGUAAUGAUUUUAUAUUUGUAAUCAUUAUGUUAUGAAUAUAUAUCUGAAUAUUCUAAAAUGAAGGAAUGUAUUCAUUUAGCUUAAUGGUUUUGCAAUGAAAUUUUAAGAUUAGAAGAUGAACAUUAAUUAAGAAUUUUAAUAUUCAGUCGAGCUUAAGAUAUUUAAAAAUAUAUUGAUAAUAUUUUAGCUGAAUGUGAAAUUAGACAUAUUAUAUUUACAUUUUUAUCAGAUGAUAAUAAUCCAGAGAUUAAAGCAAUUUCAUAAUCAGUAAAAGAUGAUUAUUAAAAAUUACUUGAUGAGAAAAUGUAUCUGAAAUUUCGUAUAGAACAACUUAACAAAUAAUAAUAUUUUAAAUUAAAUCCAAUACCCAUCAAACCUCCAUCUCCUUAUUUAUUAUAUAAUGUACCUAAAGGUAGUCGAACAGAAAGAGAACUUACUUAAUAAUAAAUAUCUAAAAAUUAUUAAUCCUUCACUACAUAAGAUGGUUAUGAUUAACAUAAAUUAAUAACUUCAGAUAGUGAAUCAAAAUUGGUUAAAUAAAAUUCUAUCUCAUCAUUUUCAAGAAGAACUAGACCAACUGAUUUUACUCAAUAUUGUAAAACUGAAUAAUCAGAUUAUCCUAAAUUAGAUUCAGAAUUAGCUGGAGUUAUUGUUAAUUAAUUAAAAAAGGAAUAAGCAUUCUAUUCUUUGGCUGAUAUUGAAAAAACAUGUAUGAAUGAACUUAAUGAAAAUUAAAGAUAAUAAUAAGAUUGUGAAUUAGGUAGAGCUAUACUCUUAUUUAAAAGACAAUUUAGUAAAAAUGCUAUAGCAGAACCUAAAGAAACUGAUUCUUUGAAAUAAUUAGAUAAUGAAAUUAAAACUGAAUUUCAAUUAAUAUCUGGAUAUUUAGAAGCUCAAGAAAGAUUAAAAAAAAAAAGAUAAUAAUAAUAAAUCUUUGAAUAAUCCCUCAAACCAAAACCUAAAACUAAAAGUCCAUUUAGAAAAAUACUAAUUAAGCAUUCAAAUACUCUAGGUUUAAAAUAAACAAAAAAGAAAUUAUAAAAUCUAGAAGAAGAAUCCGCUUUAAUGAAAUUAUAUUAAAAAAUAUCUGGUUAAAAAGAGGAACAAAAACCAUAAAUUAAUGAAGAAUAAGUUAUUAGAAAUAUGAUAUAAACUAAUUUAAAUGUAUACUAUUACAUAUAUAUAUAUUUAAUAGGCAAUCAAAGUUAUAAUGGAUGAUAAUCAAAAAGAAUAAGAAUUUGCCUAAAAAUAAUUAAAAUCACGUAGACAUAUAUCUGAGUAGAUACAAUCUAAACAUGAAAAAUCUCCUAAAAAUUCUUAAUUCAGAGAAAAUUUUAAAAGUCUAGCUGGAUCUACAUAAUAUUUAAGUACUAAAGGAUAAGCUACUAAAAAUGUUAUUUCUUUAGUUGAAUUAGCAAAUAUUAAAAGAAAAAUGAAUUAAAUUGAAUCUAAAAAAGUUGUUAGAUACUCAGAAUUAUUUAGAAGUUAAUUGUGA